AUGAAAAUAAAAUUUAUAAAUUCAAUUAUAUUUUUUUAUUUUUUUUUAAAUAUCAUUAAUUGCUAUGAAAUUACCAAUACAGAAUAUGUUUUAAACAAAGAAAUAAGAAUAUUUGGGAAGGAUUUAGACAGUUUUCAAUAUUUAAAAAUAGGUUACUUUUUACUAGAUACAAUCGAAAACAAUUCCACAUUUAUUAGGGCCUCGAUUCCAUCCAAUACAGAACCAGGUCCACUUUUUAUUUAUAUUAAUGGUGAAACCAUUCAAAAAGAGUUUACACCCAUCUACCCAGUAAUUGGUGCCGUUCUUCCCAAUGUAAAUGUAAAAGAAGAUGAUUCAGUAAUGAUAUCAGGUCAAUUUAUCAGUGCGAUUCAGUAUGGGGGUACUCCAACCACCAUCGAAUUAGAAACCAUUCCACCAAGAACUUUUAAAUGUGUAUAUAAAAUUAAUAACCCGGAUCCAACAACUGUUCAAUGUAAUCUUCCAAAGUAUUCGGGAAAUUUUCAAAUUAGAUUCAAAAAUGAAUAUCCACAAGAUUAUUUAUUGAUUCAAUAUACUGGUCCUAUAGUAAAAUCGUCCACUUCGCUAUACUAUGGUGAAGGUGGUUUGGUGCAAAUCGAAGUUUCAAACUAUGAUAUUCAAAAUAUAGAAAUUACAAUCGGUGGUCAAAAAUGUACAGAUCCAAAAGAAUUGGCCUCAAAUAAAUUAGUUCAAUGUAAUUUCAAUGCUUUAGUAAAGCCAAGUGAAGACGGCUUGGGUUUACCAAUUAAUGUUACAAGUUAUGGUGUAUCUGGUUCAAAUAAUGUAUUUUUAUAUAAAAAGGUUUAUUCAUGUCCAAAUAAUUGCACAAACCCAUCCCAGGGAACAUGUAAUAUCGAAAAUGGUAUCUGUAGUUGUGCUCAAGGCUGGGGUGAUUUAGACUGCUCUUUAAAAGGGGAUAUUAAGUACAACCAAACCGAGCCCCCAUCUGUAGGCGAAGGUGGUGAAAAUAUUUUAAACUCAAACGAAAAUAGAAACUUUACUGUGGCAAUCAAUUAUAUAAGAGAAGUAGAUAUCACUAACCAACCAAUUAAACUCUUUAGUUUCAAAAACAUCAAUUGGAGCGAGCCAAAGAAAUUAGACGAAGCAUCAACUUUUUUAACUGGUCAUUUUAAUGAUAGCGAUAUGGUUAUAGAAUUAAAAGUUACCUAUUUUAAAGAAGCAAACGAUAGUGUAUAUUUUGCAGGUGAAAAAAUGUAUAUUUCCGAAAACUCUUUAAAAAACGAAAUUAAAAUCACAAACUAUACAUUGGACUCACCACUAAACUCACUAGAAGUUAUAUAUCUUUCAACAACUCAAAUCAAAAAAGUUAUAGAUUGCAAUGGUAAAGAAGUGGACGAAGAAAGAAAUAUUAUUAAAGACGAAACACCAGGAGAUUCAAUAAAUUGGUAUCAAAUCAAAGUGGGCUCCUCCAUUUUAAACGGUAGAUUUUCAUCAAGAUUAAUCGUAGAUUCAAAAUACUCUGUUACACAAAUUUCAAUUUUAAAAGAAACGGAUCCACUUUACAAUGAUACCGAUCUUUUUUCAAAUAACCAAACCUAUAAUAUAUUAACAGCUAUAAAAACACCAUCUUUUAAAAAUGAAAUAAUAAUUGACCCAAAUUUUUCUUCACUCAUAGAGAUUAAUGAUAAAAACAAUUGCAAAAAUGAAGAUUUCGAAAAAUGGAAAAUAGCAGUCAUUGUAGUCGUAGGAAGUUGCGCAAUUUUAAUUCCAGUUAUUGUAGUAAUAGUAUAUAGAUAUAAAAUAAUAUUAAAAUAUAAAUUAUCAAAUGUUUCAACUAAAAUGAGCAAAAGAUAA